AUGCCACGUAAGCUACGUAAGAAUAUACGUAAGAGGAAGAGAGCAUUGAAACAUCCAAUAGUAAAACUGACACCACAACAACAGUUGCAACAACAAAUGCUGAAUGACCCCACUAUGUUGCAACAAAUGUCAAACAAUCCUAUGCUUUUAAACCGAGUUCUUGGUGCACAGAGUGGAGGUUUAAGAGCGGCACUUUUAGCGAAAAUGGCAGGCUAUGGUGGAGCUGCAGACGGAACAGCCUAUAACCCUCAAAGUCAAAUGAAUUUGAGUUCACUCAAAAAUCAAAUAACAGAUGUCAAAAAGUCAAACAUAGACAUACAGAAGCAAAUAAGUGAAAACGAAAAGAAACUAGAAUAUGACAGACACACAAAGAAACUAAAUGAGUUAAACGUAGAGAAAAAGAAGAAAGAAGAACAAC